CACUCAAAACGGCGACCAGGACGGCGGCGACGGCAUAGGUGGCGAUCUCUACUGGCAAUGUAAGGUCUCUAACCUUUAUACUUGCGGUGUUCUUUUUGAGUAUCUUUUCGAGAUUUUUCUUUGCUUGCUGCGUUUGGCCGCCGAGAAAAUGUAGGAAAAUGAAGGAAAAUUUUACAUUUGAUUCUUUGAUUUGGGACACCCGGGAAAGUUUUGAGUCUUCUGUUCAAUUAUAUGGCUUUCUUCAGAGCGAGCAUUAAAGCAAUAUAACAAUCGGUCAUGGGGACUGAAGAGCCAAAAAAGUCAUUGAAAGGGAUGGAGUGGAUUGCUAUGGAUGAUUCUGUACAAAAAGAGGCCAGUGGUAAACCAGUUAUCAAGAAGCGGCUUCCCAAAAGGGUAAGGCAAAUUCCAGAAUUCUAUUUUCUUCCUCGAAGAUCCUUACCCGCUAACAUUGCCCUCUAUGGGUCAAUUAUUGCUGCUGGAGUUGGUGCUGGGAUGUUGGUGGAGAUAUGGAUAAAGAAGAAAAUUGCGGAGGAUGGAGAUACUGUCCUUUGGGAGUUGAAAUAAAGCAGCAUUGUGAGGUCCUCCUGCCGUUUGUUUUUCCUUUUUCUUUUCCCUUUCUAUUUUUGAUGGGCCUUUGGUUGUUAGGAAAUCCUAAAGGCUUUAAAUGCUGAUGUCAGGUUUGUUCUUGGGGGCAGAAUUCCUUGCUAGCAAAAUAAGCAAUCAAGGGAUCCCAUUAGUUAAUUUGAAAGGCACACUUAUAUUUUCUUUCCUUUUACUUUAGUAAAAUAGUGCAUGAGUGAUGUUUUGCUCAAUGCUUUUGUUA